AUGUUCCCUCCAACUUACAUCUUUAAAGCAUUAGGAUACUCCACAUUAUUUUUAUAUUCUCUCUGCCAAGCAUUGGAUGAUAAUGAAAUUAAUUCCAAUGAUAACAAUUCCAUAUUUAUCAAAGGCAUUCCUAAAACGUUGCAACCAUUGUAUAAACCAAUAAAAAUUCCUGAGAACGAUAUUAAUGGUCAAUAUUAUUGGAAAUGCUUAAAUAAUCCCGAAAUUAUCUUAAGAUAUGAUCAAAUCAAUGAUGAUUUUUGUGAUUGCCCAGACGGGAGUGAUGAACCAGGAACUAGUGCUUGUUCCAAUGGUAAAUUUUAUUGUGAGAAUGAAGGUUUUAAAAGUUAUUAUAUAUCAAGUUAUAAAGUAAACGAUGGUGUUUGUGAUUGCUGUGAUUGUUCAGAUGAAACUAACCAAGUUACCGAAAGCACUUGCUCUGAAAUUAAUGAGAAAUAUACAAAAGUUAUAAAUAGAGAAUUAGAUAAGCAUGAGAAGGGGAAACAAUUGCUAAAAAAUUUGUUGCAAGAGUAUGCUGAUAAAAUAAACCAUGAUAAAAACGAAUUCAAAAAAUUGAAGCCCGUUUAUCAAAGUUUGAACCGUGAACUUGGUUCAUUAAAGACACAAAUAAUGAAAAAAAACCUGGUUAUUGAUCUAAGUAAAAGAAAGGCUAACAAGAAAGCCGAGCACGUCAACAAUGAUAAGGGGUUAAUUGGUUCAGACUUUGACAAAAAAGUCGAUAUUAGUUUACUUUCUUCCAGUAUUAAAAAAUUUUACGAUGAAAAUAUUGUAACUUUCAAAAAAUUUGUCUCUUUGAAAAAAAUAAUGGAUGAUUUAUUACAGGAAUACAAUGUUAAUUUAAAAGAUGAUGUUGUCAAUUCCAAUAUGGAUAAAUACAUGGGCUUGUUAAAAUACUUGGAAACCGAAGGUUCUAAAAAAGGAUAUAUGGAUGUUAAAGUUGAAUUUCUCCAAGAACAAAAGUUACAAUUGAUUAAUUUUUAUGAAGUUGAAUUAUAUAACGUUUUCCACGGUAAUUUGGAUGAAUCUGUUUAUAUUAGGGACCUAAAAAGCUUAAAAGGUAAAUACAAUAUGGCACAGACUAUUAUUAAGAUGCAGUCGACUUUACAUAAACAAAUAGUCGACAUAUUGGAAAAUAACUUAAUCCCUAUUAUGAGCGAUAUUGCCACAAAUUAUAAUGUUAACUAUCAAGAUUCUGGUGUCAAAAAAAUGGUUAAAUCUGUUAAAGCACAAAAUAUUAAUGAAAUACCUAAUAAAGUUGUCAAGAUAUCACCAAAAGGUUAUGAAGAAAAUAUUGAAAAGUUGGAUAAGUUCAUUGCAGAAAAUGGUGCUAAAGUUUUCAGUGAGGUGGAGAAUAAUAAUGAUACAAAUGUCCAGAAACUUUUCUCGCAAUCUUUCAAAGUUAAAAAUUAUUUGUUUGAUAAACUUUCUGCCCUUGUUAAGCCACUCAAAUCGAAAUUCACACAUGAAGAUGACAUAAUUGAAGAAAGCGAGAAAAUUAUAAGGGAAUUGAAUAAAAAGAUUGAAAAAGUGAGCGCUGAAAAAGACAGAAUUAAAGCAUUAUUAGAAGAAUUAAAUGAAGAGAUCACUAAUUAUGAAAAGCAAAACCGUGAAAGUUUGAAAGCCAGUGAUAAUGAUGCCGUUGAGCCGCAUAGCUCAGAUCCUAUUAUUCAUAUAUUGAGAACUAAUUUCUAUAAUUACUGUUCUAAACAAAUAGUUGGCUAUUAUCAAUACGAUUUAUGUUUAAACGAUAGAUUGUAUCAAACUAGCUUACUUGAUGGAAAUAGGGUGUGUUUAGGUGAGUUUACCUCUUUUAAAUAUUUCAAAGAACAGGUUGAUCGAAGAUUUUUCUAUAAUUUGAAAUUCGAACAACUGAUUCAAAACUUGGAUGUUUUCCAAAACGAUGAGGAUUUUUUUUCUGACCGUGACGUUAAUGGUAAUAAGGACGAACUUUUCAAAGAUUUGCAACAUAUCAAUAAUGGGCUAGCAUUAUUUUAUACAAACGGGGAUAAAUGUUGGGAUGGGCCCAAGAGAUCUACAAGAAUAUAUAUGUAUUGUGGGGACAAUAGUAAUAAUGAAUUUUUUAAGAUCUUAAAGAUUUAUGAACCUUCUAAAUGUAAUUACGUAAUUGAAGUUGAAAGUCCAUUAGGGUGUGAAUUUACUAAUAUUGAUGAUGAUGAAAAAGAUGGUUUCAAUUUUUCUAGGCCCAUGCACGGCCCUAAGUAA